UUAUGAUUCUUUUGAUUUUAAAUUAUCUUCCCCGGUGGAUUUUCCAUCUGAGAAUCUUGGACUCUCCACGGCUGAGCCUUUGUGAAGCGUGGCCACCAUGAGCUUCCUCUCCGCCCCGACGCUGCGCAGUGAAGCCUAUUUCAGCCCGGGCGCCAGCGAGAAACUUCAGAGGCUCCAGCAAUCUCAGCAGCUGGCGCCCGUGGCACUCAGCAGGAUUUGCAACUUCAGCCUGGGCUCACUGGUUCUGACAGCCAAGCCCUCACAGAAGCUGCCCAUUGAGCGGGAGGAGAUUCGCCUGAAGACCGCGCUCUUGGGGAUCGAUUGGGUGAACGCUCCCGUGGACGCGAAAGCCGUGCUGUUGGUCUUCCCAGGCAUCGGUACCAACUCCAGGAGCGGCUUUGCUGGGAUGUCGGCGCACCACUUGUCAACCAGCUUCCCGAGCCUCCGUGUGGGUGUUGCAGUGCUUCAAGGACACGACGGUCUUCCUUUGCAGUCGACGUGUUUUCCUGCGACUGCCUAUGUGUCCAUGGGCGACACUGGACGCAUCAUCGAACAUACGAGUGCGCAAUUUCCAGGUCUUCCCUUGGUCGUCAUGGCGUGCUCCAUUGGGGCGGCGCACUUCACUCACUGGGCUGGAACGCAUCCGGAGAAAGCCAAGCAGUGUCGUGUGGUUGGAGCCGUGUUGGUGUGUCACGGCUAUGCCUCGCGUCCCGCGGCCCAUGCGGUGGACUCCUCCGGCGCGGCGCCCUUCAUUCUGGGUGCCUACAGGGAUAUACUCAGGAGGAACGUCCCGAAUCUCGAGAUUUUUGCGGAUGACUUCCCGGACUUUGAGCCCUCCAAGCUCUGGGCUGCCCAGACCCUCCGUGAAUGGGAUGAGGCUCUGCUGCCGGUGUAUGGCAUCCAGCGCUAUGAGGAUGUCCUUGAUGCGGUGGAUACCACCCCAGAGAUGCUCCAAGCUCUGCCGAUGCCCGUGGUGUUCGUUGGAGCGGCCAACGACCCCAUCACUCCCUCGACGCGGCUGCUGGAAGGGCAGGUGCACCAGCUGGUGCCCGAUUCCGCAUUGAUUCACUUGAGUCACGGGAGCCACAUGGCCUGGUGGCAGGGGCCUUUCUGGCAGAUGUCGCAAGAAUGGGCCUGCGACCUCAUGACGGAGCUGGUCUCCAUCCUCGCCGAUAUGCCAAAGAGGCCGGCAGAGCAAGGGCCAAAGAAGUCGAUGUUCUGCGUGGCAUGCGAGGCAGUCGGGAGGAUGUUUGGACAGUCGCAUGAGGGCAGCAAGUGAGAUGGCUCCGCGGAGCUGGGAGCCGGAAAGCACAUGAAAAGCACGGAGCAUCCUGAGGAGAUCUGGGAUAUUCAAGGCGGCUGAUUCUUCUCGAGCC